AUGAAUGUCGCACAGGAUUGUGACUCGAACGAAGAUGGCUGGUUUGAGGACAAUGCUCGCACUCUCUUCUCCCGCCUUACAACCGCUGGUCACGAUGUCAUCCUCUCAGCACCCUCACUCGACCGCUCCGGCUCAGGCUCCAUAGACAUCUUCCCCAAACCUCCCCCCAAGUACCACGGCUGCGAAUACAAAUCUUGCCCAUCACUCUCCCCCGCCAUCGGCUACAAUGCUUCCAACCCACGCCUCAAUUACGUAAAUUCCUACCCUAUCACCAACGUCCGCAUCGGCCUACAACGAAUUGCGUCCACGCCCUGGAGCACCACCGCCCUCGCCGACCUCGUCGUCUCAGGCGUAAAUGUCGGAUACAAUUUCGGGUGGCAAGUCUACGGCUCGGGAACCGACAACGUAGCCAUGUACGCGCCCAGGCACGGCGUCCCUGCACUCGCAUUCCCAGGACAUGAAGGCGUGAUGGUGGGCUGA